CAUACAACAGUUUUGCCCUUUGUAUUAAUCGAGAUGAGAACAACACAUCAUCAGUAUCCCAGCAGGAGCUGUGGAUUGGCUGCAGUGUGCACCUUCGCUGUUGGCUAUAUUUUGUGGGUGUGCUGGAUUCACCACGUUACAGGAGUGUGGGUGUACCCACUUCUUGAGCACCUCAGCCCAGGUGUCAAAAUAAUCUUUUUUGCGGCUGUUACUGUAAUAAUUAACAUAUUCUACUUGGUGGGAGAGGUCCUGAACAACUACAUCUGGGAUACCCCAAAAUGUAUUGAAGAAGGAAAAGAAAAGCCGAAAUUGGACUGAACAAUAGAAGAAACAUGGAGAAUUGUUUAUGGCUCCAUGGAAGAUUUCUUAUCCCUGACAGAGGUUGGCAUGGAGAGGAAUCUUUUGGAAAGGAGGAAGUUUAAUGGGCCCUCUGCUCAGUGCAGGGAUAUUUUUGGGUUUUAUAUGGAGGGAAAAAUUAUUUUAGCUAAGAAUAAUAAUAAUGUUUCAACCUCCGUUCCUAUUUCUCCAUGCUUGCAUGUGACUUAGACAUAUAAGAUGUAUAUUUAUCUCCAUGGCAUUCUCAACAUGCAUUUCUUGCAUCAAAUAAGUCAUUAAAUCAUUAAGUCAUUACAUCUUUUCACGUCCACCAAGAAGAACAAUGAGUCCGUUCUCUGUAUUGUUUGAGAAAAAUUUAGGCAGAUAGAUCUAAUAUGGGGAAACAAAACAAUCCUGUGUAUUUCAAAGUACAGUGUAAAAACACAGUAGAACUUAAUUGCAUGAAUGUAUCCGAAGAAUUCAGUCUGACUGAAAUAUUAAUGUAACACGAUGUAACAGCUGCCUUAAAUCAGUCAUGUUAAAAAUUUUAUCAGUCUAGUAAAAUCUUAUUUGCUAUAUUAGACUAUCUGAAUAUGAUACAACUUUUCUUAAAUAGGCCUAAAUAAAGAUCAAAGUAUCCC